AUGGCAUCAUCCUCCACAGCUCCGGCGCACGUCGCCCCCAAAGACCUCACCAAGCUGCUCACCACCAUCCACAAAUCCGUCUCCACACUCGGCGACUCCGUCCGCGCCUUCGAGAAGGAUGUCUCCCAAACGGCAUCCGGCGAUCCCACCGAGAAUCCAUUCGCGUAUCCCGACGGCAUCUCACUCCUCACCGUCAAGAACGAAGCGAUGCUAGACUACCUUCACCACAUCGUCGCCCUCUCCAUCGCAAAGAUCUCGGGUCGCUCCCUCGCCAAGGCCUCGAGCGCAUCGCAACCAGGCGCGAGUGCAUCCACAGAUCUCGUCCAGAACAUGGUCAAGCUGCGUCUCAUGCUCGAGAAGCUUCGCCCGCUCGAGAACCGUCUCAAGUAUCAAAUGGACAAGCUACUCCGCGCAGCCGCCGACGCCGACAAGGGGGUCAUGCUCGGUCGUGCCGCGCCCGCUUCCGAUGCCAACGCCAAAUCCAGAUCCAAGGGCCGUGCGGGCGACGACGACGACGACGAUGCCAGCGGCGACGAUCUCGCUUUCCGUCCCAACCCCUCCGCCUUUAUGCAAGACAAGGCUCGUGCCCUGUCCAAAUCCUCCAAGUCCAACGAUCACCGAUCCAGAUCCAAGCGCGAAUCAGACUCUGAAUCCGACUCGGAUGAUCAGGGUGGCAAGGCCGCCGUGUAUCGACCUCCCAAGCUGGUGCCCAUGUCGUACGAUCCCGACGCGCGCUCCAACAAGAAGGAUCCGCGCUUCGCCGACAAGCCUUCGUCCAUCACACGCAACUCGGCGCUUCUGUCCGACCUCACCGCCAGCAUGUCCGCGAACCCGUACGAGGCCUCCUCCGGCGGUGUCGGCGUCGGCGGCCGCGGUCGCCUCGCCUCCAACACUUCCGCACGCGCCAAAGCCCUCGCCAGAAUGGACGAGUUCGAGGAGGAAAACUUUACGCGUCUCGUCAUGUCCAAGAAGGACGCACGCAAGCGCAGGCGCGACGAAGCAGACGUCGCCCUCGGAGGCGCAGGUCUCAGCUCGGGCCGCGACGGCAGAAGGCGCAUCGGCGGCGGCAUGGAAGAAGAGUUUGGCGACCUCCUCCGAGGCGCAGGUCUCGACGGCCGCAACGGCAAAAAGGCCAAAAAGGCCCAGCAGGCCUACGACUCUCUCCGCGCCUCGAGCAAAGCUGGCUCCACCCUCCAGCGAUCCAAGUCCAGCUCCGCACCCUCGCCUGUCCCCAAGGGCGCAAAGUCCAACAAGUUCCGCAGCCAAGUCAACCGCCAAGCUCGCCGAUAG